CAAUGAUUUGCAUAUUGUUGUUUCUCAGCUUCACACAACAAACCAGAAAAUCAAUUUCAUAUAUUUGAAGUCCAAUUGAAACAAAGCCUUGCCCCUUUUUUUAUCUUCCCUUUGCAUUAAAACCCAACAGGUAAGAAGAAAGAACAAGGAUGAGAAUUACUGUAAUGACGGCUGAUGAACAGAUCCUCAAUUUAGACGUUGAUCCUCAUGAAUCUGUUGAAAAUUUGAAAGCUUUGUUGGAAGUGGAGACAAAUUUGCCUAUACAACAGCAACAACUUCUUUAUCAUGGGAGGGAAAUUCAGAACUUUGAGAAAUUGAGUGCAUUGGGUGUUAAAGAUCAUGAUUUAAUUAUGAUGGUACCAAGUUCUGGUUCUAGAGAAUCUACUAAUGAUUUGAGCUUCAAUCUUGAUGGAUCUGCUGUGAACCCUGGAGUUUUCCAACAACAUAUUCGACGUGAUUCUAAUGUAAUCGGACAGAUAUUUCAAGCUGACCCGGAACUCGCACAAGCUAUUCUCGGGGACGAUCUCAACAAACUACAAGACAUUCUACGGGCACGUCAUCAACAACGAUCAGAAUUGCGAAGAAAGGAGUUGGAGGAGCUUGCUCUUCUUGAAGCUGAUCCUUUCGAUGUUGAAGCACAAAAGAAAAUCGAAGCUGCCAUACAACAGAAAGGAAUUGAUGAGAACUGGGCUGCUGCCUUGGAACACAAUCCUGAAGGUUUUGCGAGGGUGGUUAUGUUGUAUGUUGACAUGGAGGUUAAUGGUGUCCCGUUACAGGCAUUUGUUGAUAGUGGUGCACAGUCGACUAUAAUUUCGAAAAGCUGUGCCGAACGAUGCGGAUUGCUAAGGCUUUUAGAUCAACGAUAUAAAGGUAUUGCUCAUGGGGUCGGCCAAUCGGAGAUUCUCGGAAGAAUACAUGUUGCUCCAAUCAAGAUUGGAAAUAUAUUUUUCCCUUGCUCCUUUGUGGUUUUGGACUCUCCCAACAUGGAGUUUCUCUUCGGAUUGGAUAUGCUCCGUAAACACCAGUGUGUUAUCGAUUUGAAGGAAAAUGUUCUUAGAGUGGGAGGAGGAGAAGUUUCUGUACCAUUUUUGCAAGAAAAGGACAUCCCUUAUAACUUCCUUGAUGAAGAAAGGCAUUCGAAGCAUGCAUCGAGCUCCGGCCCUGCUAUUACAACAGGAACAACAGAGAAGAAUGCUAAUGUGCAAUCCGGAGGUCAACCUUCCGGGGGUGCACAUGGUGACAUAACAAAGAGACCUGAAUUUGAGGCCAAAGUUGCAAGGCUUGUUGAGUUGGGAUUUGCAAGAGAAAUAGUGGUAGAAGCUUUGAAAUUCUGUGAUGGCAAUGCAGAACAGGCUGCUGGGAUUCUCUUUGGAGGUUGAAGAUGAUCUUCUCCAUUUUUCAUUCUUAGAAAUAAUAUUGACUUUUAGAGUUUUUAAAACAAAACUUGAGCUACUCUUAUUUCCUCAAUUGAAACUUUUAUUCCAUUUUUAUUUUCUUUGUUUUAACAUGAUAAAGUGCAAUGAAGAUGUUAUUUCAGUUUUGGUAAAAA